CAAUUAAAUCAAAAUGUAUUCAAAACCUCUUCUUCCAUCCUUUCUCUGCUUCCUCCUCGCUCUCAGCUCCUUUCAACAUAUCCAAGGCCAACCUUCAAGCAAGUGAAUUAGCAGCCAUGUCUUCAGCAAUAGCAUUGGUGUCUUUGCUGUUCCAGCUGCUGCUUGCAGUUGCAUCUGCUGUGCCUGACAGCAGUUGCCCGACAAAAUGCGGCGACGUGGAUAUUCCUUACCCUUUCGGCGUCGGCAUUAACUGCUCCUGGGGAAUACGUUUCAAUCUAACCUGCGACGAGGUGGAAACCGGCGUCAAGAAACCAUUCUUGUUCAAUGUCGAGGUCCACAGUAUCUCGCUGCUCAUGGGCCAAUUACGCUUCCUCAACUCCAUAUCCUCGGCGUGCUACAAUCCAAAUUACAACAAUGUCACUUACACACCCUGGGGGGUUAAUUUCGAAGACACCCCAUAUAGGUUCUCUGAUCUCCACAACAAGUUCACGGCCAUCGGCUGCGAUACCCUUGCCUACAUAAUCGGCUCCCACGAGAGCGAUAUUAGCUACCAGAGUGGUUGUGUGUCCAUAUGCGAGGAUGAACAGAGCAUCGUCAAUGGCUCCUGCGCCGGCAUGGGUUGCUGCCAGACUUCCAUACCCAAGAAUCUCAGAUACUAUGAAGUCGCGUUUGCUAGGGGUUUCAACAACUCGGAUAUUUGGAGAUUUAGCAGAUGCAGCUACGCCGUCUUGUUGGAUGCCGAGUGGUUCGAGUUUCAGACAUCUUACAUCACCACGACCCAAUUGAUGCAAAUUAACAGUGGUGGCAGGGUGCCGGUGGUCAUAGACUGGGCCAUCGGCAACGAGACGUGCGAGGUAGCAAGUCACGACCUGAGUUAUUAUGCCUGCAUCAGCAAUAACAGCGAGUGCAUCGACUCCUCCAAUGGCCCUGGUUAUCUCUGCAACUGUUCCAAGGGAUACCAAGGCAAUCCUUACGUCUCGGACGGAUGCCAAGACAUUGAUGAUUGCAAUCAGCAAUCAAAUCCAUGCUCAGAUGGCAUCUGCCACAACCUGCCCGGUAGUUAUAGUUGUCACUGCCCCGAAGGCUCGCACGGUGACGCUUACAAUGGAACAUGCAUCCCAAAUCAGAAGCUUUCCUUGGCGGUGAAAGCGGUUAUAGGUACCUCCAUCAGCUUGACUUUCUUACUAGUAUUUGGCAUGUGCAUCUGUAUGAUUUAUCAGAGAAGAAAACUUGUCCAGUCAAGGAAAAGAUAUUUCAGUGAACAUGGGGGCAUGCAAUUACUGGAAGAGAUGAGAAAACUAAGUCUUGCAUUUAGGAUCUUUUCAAAAGAAGAAUUAGAGAGGGCAACAAAUAAAUUUGACAAGAACAGAAUCCUUGGGCAAGGCGGAUAUGGAACUGUUUACAAAGGAGAUAUGGGAGACAAUCAGUUUGUUGCCAUAAAGCAGCCAAAGGUUAUAAAUGAGAGACAAAAGAAAGAAUUUGGAAAGGAAAUGCUUAUUCUUUCCCAAGUCAAUCAUAGGAACAUAGUCAAGCUCUUGGGCUGUUGUUUGGAAGUGGAGGUUCCCAUGUUGGUCUAUGAGUUUGUCCCUAAUGGUAACUUGUAUGAACUAAUCCACAGCAGGAUCAUAGAUAACAUCCCUUUAGCUGUGCGUUUAAACAUUGCUCGUGAUUCUGCUGAUGCUCUUGCUUAUUUACACUAUUCGGCUUCGCCUCCAAUCAUUCAUGGAGACGUGAAGUCUGCCAACAUCCUCCUGCAUGAAAAUUACACUGCAAAAGUUUCUGAUUUCGGAGCUUCAAGGCUAAAUCCCAAGGAUGAAGACCAGUUUGCUACUUUGGUUCAAGGGACCUGCGGUUACUUAGACCCCGAGUACCUUCAAACAUGCAAGUUAACUGAAAAAAGUGACGUUUAUAGCUUUGGUGUAGUGCUCUUAGAAUUACUGACACGUAAAAAGGCAAUUUAUUUUGAAGAAAAUGGAGAAGAAACGAGUCUUGCAUCAAGCUUCAUUUUGGCCAAGAAAGAGGAUCGACUUGAGGAACUCUUGGACAAUCAAGUCACAAGUGAAGGAGAUGCAGAGCUGAUUGAAAGGAUUGGAGAGAUGGCAGUGCAGUGCUUGAGUAUAAAGGGAGAAGAAAGACCUACGAUGAAGAAUGUGGCCGACCAGCUAAACAGCAUGAGAAAGUUCAAACAGCACCCAUGGACACCACCAAAUGCUGAGGGCAUUGAGAGUUUCCUUCCUGUUCCAUCAGAUGCUCAAUCGUCUACCGGUAACACUAGUUAUAUUCCAAAGGUUGCAUUGUGCAUUGAAUAUGCAAGGUAAAGAUAUGGUCCCUAAAGUUGCCAGUCUUGAGUGUUCCUCCCAAGUUGAACUAUCAGUUGUAGUAAUUAAGUCUUCUGGUGAGAUUUGUGUUUCUAAUUAGCGGUAAGAGAAAGAAGUGUCUACUAUUGUUCAAAUCUAAGAUUUU